AUGUUCACCCUAGUCAACCCUCCCCCGUUUACGCCACUCCUCCACUCAAGUGUCCACGUUUCACCUAACCACACAAACGCAUGUGUCCACACUUCUCCUGACCACAACGAUUACAGCAGACAAGUCUCCCCUGUUUUUAAUCAAACUCCUCAGCCAAGUCAGGUGAUCACCCACCCCAACGAUGAUACAGAUGACUACGACGAGCCACCUCGUACUCCAGUAAGCAAGCAACCUCCUUGGGAUGAGCUCAACUCAGUAGUCUACGAUAAGAGUGAUCACCCCAACAGCCCGGAGAUUAAUCACAUCCUCUAUCAUGGAGUGAGGAUUUACGAUCCCAUCAAUCCAGACCCACCAAUCUUCGAUUCAUCUAUUCCUCGGAGUCUCCUAUUACUCUCACCGCAGCCUAAGACAAUACUUACAUCACCCACUAAGAGCAACGACACUCUGCCAGGCUUCGCUGUUCAUGCGACUACCGUCAAUGCUUUCACAGCUACAGCUUCCUCCGAGUCUCCACCCUCUCUUCCUUCUAAGGUUACCGAGUCUCCACCAUCUCUUCCUUUUAAGGAUCAAAACGCCCUUGGAGUUGUCGACCUAACGGCGACAAAAGAUGUGGAGAGCCACGUUCCCUCUUUGGAGGAGAACCACCUUGCUAAUGAAUUGUUCAAAUCUCCAUUAAUCCCUGCGGUUACACUAAUCUCGCCACUUCCAAGUCUCGAGUGGGAUCUAUUCUACAACACAGUCUCAACUAAGACGAACGUCUAUCACUCCACACCCUCUUCUUUUGACUUCUCCAACAAAUUUCUUCUCGAUCUCGCUAAACCAAAGCAAUGGACUUCCACACGCCACAUGGAAGUUUUAAUCCACAUGCUCGGUGCCAGACACUCAACACAUCUUCUCACUGAAAAGUCCGCAUUCACCACACCACUCCUACCAGCUUAUAUCACCGACAGUUGGCCAGAUUUUGCUCCUUGCAGAAAGAGAUCAACCUUCCUGUGGGAUGAACGUAUUGUCGACAUUGUUCUUCACCAAGGGAUGAAAUGGAUGGAGGACGUACACACCAUCUACACUCCGAUGCUUUGGGACCGUAAACAUUGGGUCGGCCUAGCCAUCAACCUUGACAUGGGGUAUAUUGAGAUUCUAGACCCUAUGCCCGCUUUGUAUGUAGAUACUCGUGUCGAGCGCUUCAUGCUACCAUUGGUUACCAUACUCCCUUAUCUAGUAAGGAAAGUGGCUAUGUGUGAGCUUACUCAGUUUCGUGGAGUUAAAAAGUUUGUCUGGAGACGAUUACCUGACCUCUACAACAACUCCAGAUCCGGUGACUGCGGCCCCGUCAGCAUGAAGUUUCUGGAGAUGCACGCUCUUGGAGACCCAGCACCUCAUAUGUCAGGCAUCACCGACGAAGCUGUUGACGACUUCCGCAAACAGUAUGCCUUGGACAUCUACAAAACCAUUGUCAUGUCUGCUUAUUCUACCUAA